AUGGAAGUGAUCACUAGUGCAGUUGAAAUUGAAGAACCAUUGGGAACUUACCAUGUACAGGAACCAAGCUGCCCACCUGAUGAUGGAGCUAAUACUGCAAUAGUUGAUGACUGUGAACCAUUUAUAGAGGAUUACUCACUUUAUGCUGAUUAUGAUGUUGAGUUUAAUGUUCAAACUUCAUUUGAACAACAACCAGAAGUGGAUUAUCUAGAGGAUAUGGUGAGUGAUGAUAGUGGAGAGGCUUUCUAUUCUGAGAGUGGCCAUGGUUCUGAGGAUAGUGGAGAUGAUUCUGAUGACAGUGAAUAUAAUGUGGAUGAGUCUAACAUACAAUUUGAUGUAGAUGUAGACAUGAGUGAAUUCCAUAAUUCUGUUGAUGUAGAUGAACAUGGAAUCUUGAACAAUCAUUCAAAAGAUUAA